AUGCGUGUCAUUCCAGGAGGAGAGUUUCAGUUCUGUGCACCAGAGAAGAAUGUGUCUUCGUGGUUAACAGUAAAAGUUUCCUCCUGUCCGUCAGAGUGCGGUGUGCGCCAGGCGACGGGGCUCCACCCCCACAGGAAGAAGAGGAUUCUGGGAGGUCGUGUGUCUCGGCAGGGGGCGUGGCCGUGGCAGUGCUCCCUGCAGAGCGGUCAGAGCGGUCACGUGUGCGGCUGCGUCCUCAUCGCCCCGAGGUGGGCUCUGACCGUCGCUCACUGCUUCGAGGGGAGAGAGAGUGCAGACCUGUGGAAGGUCGUCCUCGGUCUGAAUAACCUCGACCACCCGGGGGUCCACAGUCAGAGCCGCGGGGUGCGCUCCAUCAUCGUACACCCGCGCUACAACCGGGCGGUGGUCGACUACGACAUCAGCGUGGUGCAGCUGGACUCUGAGAUCGAGGAGACGAAGUUCGUCAGACCCGUGUGUCUGCCCGAGCUCGGCCAGCUUCCUGCUCCGGACUCCUACUGUUACAUCACAGGCUGGGGCCACAUGGGCAACAGGAUGCCCUUCAAACUUCAGGAGGGCGAGGUUCGGAUCAUCUCUCUGUCUCAGUGUCAGUCGUACUUUGACAUGAAGACCAUAACUCCCAGGAUGCUUUGCGCCGGUUACGAUGCUGGAACCGUCGACUCCUGCAUGGGCGACAGCGGCGGCCCCCUGGUGUGCGAGGAGGACAGCGGGCGCUGGACGCUGUUCGGCCUGACGUCCUGGGGCAGCGUGUGCUUCAGCAAAGUCCUCGGACCCGGAGUGUACAGCAACGUGACGCACUUCACGCCCUGGAUCCAACAACAGAUCUACAUCCACACGUACCUGAACGACUGACACACACACACACACACACACACACACACACUCUCUCCUGCUCCAACUUCCUGUCCAGCAUUCCAGAAGGAAGUGAUGUCAUCGUCACCAACACCCUCUACAUGUGCCUAUAUCUAAAUUGAUAGCCUUCAGAUGCUAACCGCUGUAUUAGCGGUGGAAUUAACUAGCAUUAAGAUGCUAACUAGCUAGCUGGUAGAGCUGUUGUUGUUAAAAAGUAGAUUUCUCACUCAUACGAUUAACAUUUACUAAACGAUUAUUAAUUCUAUAUCUGCAGAAACAACGUACGGUGGCAAAAAAAAAAGACCAAAAGACGGAAAAAAAAUCUCACAAAACUGACAAACCGAAUACUUGAAGUUUAGAAAUAUAUUUAAAGAAGAAGAAAUCAAAAUAUCCAAUUGGUUCCAUGCAGAAGCCCGAAGACGACGUCCAUCUGUACGUUUUUUAAAUUUAGUUUGUUUUCUCGAGAUCUCCGCUCACUGAUCUCGUUAAGUCGAGUUAACUUAAGUCGUUAUCUCGAGAUAACGACGUGGAAAGUCAAGUCCUCGAGAGACAAAUUGAAAUUGAAAAAGUGUUUAAAUGGAGUAAAAAAAAUGUCUGGAUGCGUGUCCGCUUCGGGCUUCUGUAGUUUCAUAUUUAAACAUUUUCACAACAUUCAGGCGAUCAGUGUUGGAUCUCUAAAAGCUGCUAGCUUAAACAGACGUGUUAAGCACUCAAUUUCCCACAAUGCUUCACUCUAUUGUGCCUGUGUGUGUGUCUCUGUAGUAAAAAAACA